AUGGUAGGUGGCAAGGUGGCCAAGGCAGUGGAGGAGCUGGUUGCGGGGUUGCGGCAGGCGACUGACUUCACGGAGCAGUUCCGAUCCUAUUGGGAAAGCGAGAAGCAAUGGAAGGCCCGCAUGGAAUUCAUCCUGUGCCACCUGCCCGACUACUGCGACCCACCGGAUGGCGGCGGCCCUCUGGACCAGCAGCUAUCCCUCUCCAUGGUCUGGGCCAAACACCUCUUCCUCAGCUGCAGCUACAAUAAAGACCUUUUAGACAAGGUGAUGGAAAUGGCAGAUGGGAUUGAAGUGGAAGACCUGCCCCAGUUUACUACCAGAAGUGAAUUAAUGAAAAAGUAUCAAAUCUAA